AUGUCCAAGUCCAAGCUGCGCGGCAACGCGCUCCUGUACUCGACCUCCGUGUUCCUCUCGAUCGGGGUAUGGUUGUUUGGCGUCAUGUCUGUCAACCAGCCGACGGCGACACAGAUCGGAAACAUGGUCGCCAUCCUCGAGAUCGGCGCGUUCAUCACCUCCCUCCUUGCCGCGCGCCUCGCCGACACGUAUGGCCGGCGCUGGACGAUGCGUCUCGGCGCCGUGCUCUUCUCCGCUGGCGGCUGCGUGCAGACGGCUACUAACGGGUACUUGAUGAUGGUUGUCGGGCGGUUCAUUUCCGGCUGCGGCGUGGGCAUGUUGAGCAUGAUCGUGCCGAUUUACCAGGCCGAGAUCUCGCCCGCCGACCACCGCGGCUUCCUCGGCGCGCUCGAGUUCACGGGCAACAUUGUUGGCUAUGCGUCGUCUGUGUGGAUCGACUACGCGUGCAGCUACAUCCAGUCCAACUGGUCGUGGCGCCUCCCGCUCUCGAUCCAGGUGUGGGGCGGGCUCAUCCUCGCGGUCGGGAGCUUUGUGUGCCCCGAGUCGCCUCGCUACCUCAUCGACACGGACCGCGACGCCGAGGGCCUGGCUGUCAUCUCUGACUUUGCGGGCACGGGCGAGGACGACCCCAAAGUCCUGGAAGAGUACAAUGAGAUCCGGGACGGCGUGCUCGCGGAUCGUGCGGUCGGAGACAGGUCGUACAAGGCUUUGUGGACGCGAUACCGUGGACGCGUGCUCAUCGCUAUGAGUAGUCAGCUGUUUGCGCAGCUGAAUGGGAUCAACGUCAUCUCGUACUAUGCUCAAGCCGGUUGGAUCGGCCGCGACGCCAUCCUCAUGACGGGCAUCAAUGCCAUCUUCUACAUCGCCGCGUCCAUCCCUCCCUGGUGGCUCACUGACGCCGUCGGCCGCCGGCCUAUCCUCCUAACUGGAGCCAUCUCCAUGGCUGUGGCGUUGACAGCCACCGGGUGGUUCAUCUACGUCGACCAGUCGUACACCCCCAACGCCGUCGUCGUCUGGGUCAUCAUCUACAACGCGGCAUUUGGCAUGUCCUGGGGCCCAAUCCCGUGGCUCUACCCGCCCGAGAUCAUGCCACUGCCUUUCCGGGCCAAGGGUGUUUCCCUAUCAACCGCGACGAACUGGAUUGCAAACUACUGGGUCGGGGUCACGACCCCGCUGUUCCAGCAGCUUAUCGGGUGGCGCCUGUACAUCAUGCACGCGUUCUUUUGCGUCGUGUCGUUUAUCCUAGUCUACUUCCUCUACCCCGAGACGCGCGGUGUGCCGCUAGAGGAAAUGGACAGGUUGUUUGGCGACGAAUCAACGCCAUAUGGCGAUGACGACGACGACCAAUCGGAUAUCGAUGCGUCUGAAAGCUCGUCCCUCGUGAGCGGCAGCCGCCAGGGCUCUCGACGAGGCAGCGGCACCUCGCCUGCACCAUUUUCGCGCACGCCGGCGAGGGCGGAAAACUCGCUGGUUGGGCGCGUGACCGAUGCCAUGUUCCGGAGCGGCAGCGGACGCGACGGUGGCAGGGGCCGAUACAAGGCCAUUGACCCCGAGGAACAAUAGGAACUCGCGAGGCUUGAUACUGGCGUGCGCGGGCGCAGCAGCGAUGAUGCUUCAGCCGAAGGGCACGUGGACGACGACGAAUCACGGCCGUUGACCGGGGGAUACGUCGCGGGUGUCGGGCCUCGUGAGUAGUAGCCGCAGCAGGCAACUGUAGCAUAGAACUCUAUACAUGCAUGUUUGGC